CUCGAACUGCUUACCCUUUCUGUCAUCAAUCACAACUACUUAAGGACCUCAAGCCCCGUACUCUUGACUACCUGAUCAUCUUGUCUCUCAAUAAUCCACACCAACUCAAUGUCUGAAACUGUUGCACUAGUCACCGGAGCCACCGGCCAUCAAGGCGGCGGUACAGCACGAGAACUCUUGAAGAACGGCAUCAAAGUCCAUAUCCUUGUGCGCAACUCAUCGUCUGAAUCCGCCCUCGAACUCCAGCGCCAGGGGGCACACCUCUUCCAAGGCGACUUCGACAAUACAUCAUCCAUCAAAGCUGCAAUUGACGGCGCCACAGCUGUCUUCCUUAAUGUAUCGCCCAUCCUCUCUGAGCCAGAACGCGAGGUGAUCCAUGCAAAGAACAUCAUCGACGCCGCCAGAGCUUCUGGAACAGUCACCCAUCUUGUUUAUCCAAGCGUUACAAUGACAGACAAGCACGAGUCGUUCCCGAACUGGGGGCCCGGAUAUCCCUCGGCCUGGUACUGGGAGAACAAAGCUCGGAUUGAGACCAUGGUGCGAGAGUCAGGCGUUGCAUAUUGGACGAUUCUGCGGCCAGCGUUUCUUAUGAAUAACUACCACCGUCCAACUGCGGACUUUAUGUUUCCGGACUUGGUUGCACGGGGUGUUUUUCGUACGGCGUAUAAGCCCUCCACUGCUAUGACGGUACUCGACCCUGAUGACGUGGGGAAGUUCGCGGGCGCCGCAAUUAUGGAUCCUCUGGCGUUUAAUAGACAUGAAAUAGACUUGGGUGUCGAAUGUCUUACAAUCUCUGAGAUCGCGAAGGAGAUGAGCCGGGUUUCUGGGAAGGAAAUAGGUCUUGAUUUCUACAGCGAGGAAGAAGCGAGAGAAAUCGUGGUGAAAAAUCCCAGAGUGCGCGCGCAGUUAUGGGCAAAUGAAGUCGGGUAUCAGGUUGAUUUUAAGCAGCUGGCGAAAUAUUCAAUUACUUUGACCAGGUUUGGGGAUUAUCUCGACAAGCACCGCGAUGAGGUCCUGCGGACAUUCAGUUAAUUGUCAUAUCUACCUAGAUUAGGACAUCUAGGAUAUAACAUACUUUCAACUAAGUUCAAACAAUUAGAAGAUUUAAAGUCUCCAAUAUUAAUAAUCUAACAACGUGUAUUAUAACCUGG